CCAGAAAUACCAACAACAGCGCGCACACAACUGCAAGUUGACACCAAUCCUCCAACGAGAGCUGAAGUCUUGAAUGCAAUCAAGCUCCUGAAAGCUGGAAAAGCAGCUGGACCAGAUGGAAUACUCCCUGAAGCACUAAAAGCGGACCCAGAGACUACAGCCGACAUGCUGACUCCAUUAUUGCAAAAGGUCUGGAAGGAAGGAAGCGUGCCUACUGACUGGAGGAAAGGUUACCUCGUGGAACUACCAAAGAAGGGCGACUUACGCCUCACUCUGCAAGAACUGGCGAGGAAUCAUGCUCCUGUCGACGCCGAGUAAAAUCCUGAGUCACAUCAUCCUGGAGAGAAUAAAAGACGCACUGGAUGCAGAACUCCGCCUUACUGAAACAAGCUGGAUUCAGGAAAGGCAAAUCAUGUUCUGACCAAAUUGCAACUCUACGCAUCAUCACAGAACAAAGCAUGGAAUGGCAAUCAAACCUCUACCUCAACUUCAUAAACUUUGAGAAGGGCUUCGACAGCGUUGACCGCGAAGUAAUUUGGAAACUACUCGAGUACUACGGCGUACCCCAAAUAUUCACCAACCUUAUUCAACAGCUGUACGACAACGGAACAUGUCAAGUGAUCCACAACGGAAAACUCAGCGAGGCGUUUGGAGUAAACACAGGAGUCAGACAAGGGUGCUGGGUUAUUAUCACCAAUGAUAUUCCUAAUUGCGGUGGACUGGAUUAUGCAUCAGACAGUGGAAAAGGAGAAGACAGGGAUAUCCUGGACCGACGCGAAGAACUUAGAAGACCUGGGUUUCGCGCGUGGAUGAUUUAUGUUUGAUGUCACACAAAAUCGAAGACUUACAAGCAAAAACUGACAAACUGGUCGAAGAAGCAGCCGGCGAAGAUAGGACUCCAGGUGAACAUACACAAGACGGAGGUUAUGAAAAUAACCACCCAA